GGCUACCCCCGGAAAUCAGAAUCGGUUCUUUGCUGGCGCUGGUGGGUCAACUCGAUUGACAGGCGAGGGGCCCGGGCUGGGGGGCGCCGACAUGGCGGUGGACCCUCGGGAGGCUCAGGCAAAGGUCCUGCAAUACGAAGCCUUUAUCAGCGAUGUCUUGCAGCGAGACCUGAGGCAGGUGCUGGCGCAGCGAGACGAGGUGUACGGACAACUGGCUGGCUACCUGCAACUGAAGAACGUCCUCGAGCGGCUGCAGGAAUCGGGGGAUGAGAAGCUGCGCACACAGGUGGAUUUGGGGUGCAACUUCUACGUGAAUGCAGAAGUGCCAGACCCUUCCCGGAUAUUUGUGGCACUUGGCUAUGGCUUCUUUCUGGAACUGACCUUGAUGGAAGCCUUGAAUUUCAUAGACCGGAAAAGCCGCCUGCUCACCUCGAUCAGUGACAGCCUUACCCAAGAUUCUGUUCGAAUCAAGGCCCACAUCCGACUAGUGCUGGAGGGCCUUCGGGAGUUGCAAGGGCUACAAGAGCUGCCCGACGAUGUGGGACAUUGAUUAGGAUGCUGAGAAUUUCCUUUCCUGACUAGACUGCUACAGGGGCUCCGACUGUGUUACUUGAAAUCAGAAAUCCCUUCAAUAAAAGCUGGGAAUAAA